UCUUGUUCAUUUUAAUGCCUGGUACAACUAAAGGUACAUUUGUUUGGACAAAUAAAAUGAUAACAACAAAAAUAGCUGAUAAGAGUUUAAUUUAACCCAUUGAAGCCUGGAAAGCGGAUACGUUGUUUUGUAGUAUUUGUAUAAGCUCUCAAAUACUUUGAAUUUUUGAACUUUUGAAUUUCAUUUCUAUCUGCUACAGAGGCUGAAAAAUCUAUUUUUGAGUAGAAGCGUUGACACUUCUGUUGAAUUUCCAGAAAAACUUCAGGUUUUAGGGGCUGAUUUUAAAAUCGCCCAGAGGUUUUAUAGGCGUUUCAGGCCUCAAUGGGUUAAGAGCUGAUAUCUAGACAUUUCCCAUGGUUUUCUUGAUAAAAACCAAAAUCAUUACCUCUAACAGCCCGUCUCUCUGUCUCUCAGGGCCCACCAUGCCGAUCGACAUGGCCCUGCCUCUGUACCUGUCCACCGAGGAGUUUGUCUUCAGGAAGUCUUCUAAACCUCGUAAACCUGCUCUGAACUCCUGUCUGAGGUUCCAGCGGUCUCCGUGCGUGGAGCCGGUGGAGCCUGAGGACGGACGAGGCUCCAGGAGAGACGGCAGGAAGGCCAAGAAGCAGGUGACGUUCGCGGACCACCGAGGCCUGUCGCUGACCAGAGUCAAGAUCUUCUCUCAGUUCGACGACCCCAUCGACAUCCCGCUGAACAUCCAGGAGAUGCUCAGCUCGGCUCUGUCUCUGACGGCCGAGGUGGACAAGCUGGUGCUGGACUUCGCUCAGCCCUCCUCCGACUACCUGCACUUCCGCCAGAGGCUGGAGAGGAACUACGUGUGCCUGGAGCACUGUGUGCUGAAGGAAAAGGCUUUGGCGGGAACCGUUAAAGUAAAAAACGUGUCCUUCCAGAAGUCCGUGAGGCUGCGGGUGACGUUCGACAGCUGGAAGAGCCACACGGACGUAGACUGUGAGUACAUGAAGGACUCGUAUCCCACCGCGUACAGCGACACCUUCUCCUUCGACGUCGGUCUGCCGGAGCAGCUGAGACCUUACGAACGCGUCGAGUUCGCCGUCUGCUACGAGGUGGACGGACACGAGUACUGGGACAGCAACGAGGGCGCCAACUACAGGAUCGUCUGGGCGUCCAUGAAGAAGAGCCGCCAGGACGCCUGCAGCCGCCACACCAGUUCCUUGGACUUUGGGAUUCACUUUGACCGAUACGGCAGCCCGACCUGCUCACACGGGAUCUUCCCCGACUGGCCGAGUUACGCUGGACACGAGAACUCGGGUCCGUACUACUGAACAAGUCGUUUCUGCUGAGUUAUUCUCUUCUUUACAUCAUGCUGCUGCUCAACCUGCUGCAACUUACAUUCGUUUUAUAUUACAAUUGUUGUCUUGAUUAAUUGAAAUAUUGUGAGUCGAAAAGUUUUUUUCAAUGUCUUGUUUGUCCAAAAAAAGAUUCCUGAUGUAAAGAAAUCCAAAUAUUAGGCUUUUUUACUUCUUGAUGAUCCAGUUACCUGCUGAUGAAUCAGAGCUGAAGUUCACUGACAGCAUCGUUACAACUCGUUUUAAAUUGUCUGUCUGUUCAGGCCAGUUUGAAAUUAAAUGUGUUAAUUUAUUGUAACUUUUAAACAGUGUAAUAAUUGUUGUUUGCCUGUUGCCUGAUGUUUCACUGCACCGUCACCAAAGCUUUGCACCUUUGACUCAAACAGGCUUCAUGCUGUUGGUUUGCACAGAAACACAAAGAGAAAAAAACACUUUGUCAUGUUUUAAUGUCUUUUUAUAAGCACAUGUGUCAGCGUUGGGGGUCUAAUGUGUCUGAGUGUGGAGGUUAAGAAGUGCUGGUCAAUAAAGUCAUACAUUUUAA